UGACAGAAGAUUCUGUUGAAACAUGUUUUCAAAAAACGUCGUGUUGAUUCUAAAAAUUUUAAUACAACGAUUCCAAUUGAUACGAAGUGCGGGGAUUUGUCAGUCGAGACUUUACUUCGCGAAACAUUUUUCAUCACAUAAAAUAAACUAAACUAAUGUUAAAGUACAAUAAAUGAGGUAGAGACGUCAUGAAAGUUUUGGAAACUUUGAAGGUAUUUCAAAGCGGUGCAAUGAGUUUCGUUUUGCUUCACUUCCAAGGUUUUUCUUUUUUUAGAGUGAUUAAGAUGUCGACAAUCCCUAAAUGUGGUAUUUUUUAGAUUAGCUUAUGCACAAUCUGAAAGCAUCUGUUAUUAAUAGAAACGCUUUCCUUGGGGCUGACUACACAUAUUACACCUUAGGACACUUGGCACUCUACAUGUAGUCUUUCUUUACAGAGCAUCAUGUUUUUCCCUAGAUUCAGUUAAUGACAUUUUAAACAAUACACUAUUUUAAUUAAGCACCUGUCAUUGUGAACCAUGUUUUUUAUGUCAACAUAAUGAAUAAAGGAGCAUCCUUAUCAAAUGUUACGCCCCGUUAUUCCAGAAGCUACCAUUCAGUUUUUGCACAGCAGGCUUCAGACAUUGACUUCAAAUGCAAAACUUCUCGUCAAGUUGAAGAAUAGAAUUUGUCGAGUUUCAAGACCAAACACUGAACAACACCCUGCAGCCAUUUCAAAACCUGAGAAGAAGAGACAAUGUUUGCCAAGCUAUUUAACUAAAUUUACACACCAAAACGCUUUGCCACCGUUCCAAAACGCAAAGGAAAGGUUGUUUGAAUUUGGCAAGCACAUCAGAAACUGGUUAUUCCUGUAAUAUGGAAGACAGUUUUCGUCCCAAUUCUAUCGUCAUCAUAAACUGUGUCCUGAAUGCUCCAUUGAUACUCAUAGCCAUUGUUGGCAACACGCUGGUGCUGGCCGCCAUAUUGAGAACUCCUUCGCUUCGUUCGCCAUCAACAGUUUUUCUCUGCAGUCUGGCUGUGUCGGACCUUACUGUUGGAUUUGUGGUGCAGCCGCUCUACAUUACUUACAAGCUAACGGGUAAUCUUUCCGUUUAUAAUGCACUGUCUAUAAUGGCCGCAGCCGGAACUGGGGUGUCGCUUCUUGUAAUGACAGUCAUCAGUGUGGAUCGACUCUUAGCUCUUCAUUAUCACAUGCGAUAUCCGAGUCUGAUGACUACACAUUGCGCUUUGUAUACAUCAGUGACUCUUUGGCUUAUUGUGUGCCUGUUGUCUUUGUUAUUUCUUUGGAAAAUGAGUGCAUAUUAUUUUACGGCGGCUGUUGCUAUUGUCAUUUGUCUCUUAGUUUCCACUGUUUGUUACAUCCGAAUCUAUCGGAUUGUUCGUCAACAUCAGUUGCAGAUUCACGCUCAACGCCAAGCUGUGGAAAUUCUAAAUUCUAGAGCCAAUCAGAAUAUGCUACAGAUGAAAAAAAGUGCUAAAAACACUUUCAUAUAUUACAUCGUAAUGAUUCUGUGUUAUGCACCGUUGUUUAUUUCCAUGUUAAUUUUAUCAAUUUCUCCUAAUCACUGGACAAGCAUUUGGGGCCUAACUGAUACUGUAGUAUUCAUGAAUUCCUCUAUCAAUCCAUUUUUGUUUUGCUGGCGUAUUCGCGAGCUUCGCAAGGUAGUUGUUAAGACAGCAAGGGAUAUUUUAUGCAAAACAACUGUGGCAAACUCGUUAAAUGUUAAUUAACCAAGGAACACAUUUACUUAAAAGUUGUUCAAAAGUCUUGUUUAAUCCUUUAACAGAGUUUAAAAGUUAAAAAGAUGGAAAAAGAUGAAAGGCGUGAUUCCUAUCACGUGACGUCCCUCACACGGUCGUGUCAUACAAUUUUUAAUGCAUUCACAUGGGUAAACUUAUUGGUGGCGACAUGGCAAACUGAACCUGGGUCUCACGUGCAGGUCUCUCGAGAAUUCCUUUCAGAAGUGAGGCAUAAUUUCAUAAACAAAACAAAAAUUAAAAAAAAAAACUUGUCAUAAUGACCACAAACCUUACCAUUAAAGUGUAUCAGAUUGGGGCAUGACAAUCUCUUUUCAAAACACUUUCUUUGAAUUUAAAAGAUGGUCAAAUCGAUAGAUCAACACACUGUGGUCAGUUUCAACUGUGAAAAUAUCCCGAUCAUCCAGCAUUGGCCAAAUAAGUGCCACAUAUUCGUGCGUUAUAUUGUGAUGGGCCCCUUCCUGCAGGAAGCGAAACUCGGUUUUACUAAUUAAGUUCAAUCAAAAUCUUUCGAAUAUACUUAGAUAUCAUGACAGUGUGACCAAUCGCUCAUGGAUGACCUUUGUAGCUGCGUCACGGUUGCUCAUCUUGAAAAGUUUAGCCUAUUUUUUUCAAGUUCGUCAUUUGCAAUCCGUGUUAAUCUUUUCCAUCCUCAACCAUUCUUGUUCCUUUAUCGCUUAUUAUUAUCUCGCUGCUCCUUUUAUAUCUUAGUAAAUCAGUCUUUUCUGGUUUCCUUCAAUUAAAAGGUAAUUUUGUACGUGACCAAAAUAACUCAAAAUAACGUGACUGGCUCUGGUUUAGUGUUUCUUGAAUUCCAGUCAUCGAUCGCGUCCUAUCAUCUGUAUUUCUAUAUAUGCUAUCGAGAAACUGAUUUCAAAAGAGAAAAAGAAAAUAAAUGGUUUUGCUUGUUCAGUCUUUUAAGUUUCUUAUAAUGACGACCUAGUUUUGCAAUCUUCCACUGUUCGGUGAACAGGCAAAUGGACGCGAUCUGCUUUUAAAUGUAGUGGUGCCUGUUGCCAUGCCAACCGGCCUCAAUGGAGAAAGCUCGUGUGCGGCACUUAAAUGAAAAGCCAACUGAUGAAUGUGGGCAGGCGCGGUGGCCUCAUGGUUAGUGCGCUCGUCUCUGGAUCAAGCGGUCCGGUUUCGA